CCAUCCGAGUUCGAGCUGCCACAUUGAUGCGAUGCACCAUCUCUGCGCUGAUUUGUUUGCUGACUGUGGCUAUGGGGGCGAUACUAGAAUAUGCCCUAUCACUCUCUCCCUCGUCCGCGCAUCCGGUCAUCGAGGAGUGUCUUUGGUGGUGGGGGAUCUCGCCAUCUCAUAUGGCGCCCAACUCAUGGCGUUACCUGGUGGUCUUCCUCGGGGAAUGCUGAAGCGUGGGGAUCGACCCGACUCGAACGCUUUUCUUGAUGUGUUUUCACUUGUGCAAGGGUCGAGGCGGGACUACCUGACUGCUCAAAGUGGCUUCAACGUCAGUGGCACUCCUUGUAAUAAUAAGGGGUGGAAGGCUCGUCACUUCUUUGUCAGCUACAGUCGGGGAUGGGGGUUUAACGUUGGGUGGACCUCCCAAGUCAUCAACAAUGUUCCCCCAUUUCUCUCUUUCGAAGAGGCCGGGCGUGUAGGGUGUUUGAGGGAGAUCUUGUCUUCUUCCCAAGCAAUUAGGGGCACAUCCGAGGAGUGGCUGGUCGAAGUGGGACUCAGCCCGGCCCCGAGGGAGAUGGUGAACCUAAAGUCGCUGAAGGGGAUGCUUCGCUCCUCGGUGAUGACGCAACCAUCCCGAGAGGGCAACAAGCGCAACUCCGAAGUUCCUGUGAGAAAGAGCACGUCGGUGCGUCAGACGGGGUCUCUAAAGGAGGCCAAGGUGGGUUGGCCAAAGAAAAAACCCAAGGUCAGGACCCGAAAAGACUCUGAAGGCGGUGACCAAGGAGACUGCGGCUCAUGGAAUGUUCGAGUUGGGUGGCCCCUCGCAAGGCAAGGGCUCGACGAGCGCUCGAGGAAAGGGACAUGUUGUGUCUUCAGGUGAC